GUAUGUGUCUUUGUGGUAAAUAUUUAGGAGUAUAUCAUAAAUAUUUUUGGCGAACAUUUUAAGGAACAUUUUAUCCCACAUUGGUGGCUGAAAAAAAUCGUCGUUUUGCGAUCAACUGUCAAAAGCAAACACCAACAGAGUACAGACAUAAUCUAUACUGUAUUUGUUGGAGACUUUAUAAAAUAGGAAAGUUAAAUCAUAAUGUUUUACUCAAAAUCACAUUUCAACACGACACCGGGUGAUUAUAAAAUACAUUCUUACGACAAAGUUCAUGAUUAUAACCAUGUCCACGACUAUAAUCAUAUUCAUGGUUAUGAUAAAAUACAUGAAUAUGACAAAAUUCAUAAAUAUGACAAAAUACGAGAAUACAAAUAUCACGAAUAUCAACCUACAAAAACAGAACAGAGAAAACCACGACCAAUUAUUGAGAGACCAGCUGCGCAACCCGUAAAACGGAAACGGAAGUCAAGAUUAGAAUGGCCGGACAAACCAAUUUAUACACAUACGUUUAGACCGUAUGAAUAUAUUCCUCCGCCUCAAAUUCGGAACUAUGAAUAUAAAGAAUAUAAGAUGGACAAGGAUUAUUACAUUUUUAGAAAAUUAGUACCGUAUAAAGGCAGUGUUGAUUAUAAAUUAACUCCAGAAAACUAUUAUCCGUUCAGAUACCGUAGAGGAAAACAAAACAGAGAAAAUUUUAAUAAUAACGAAGACAUUAAUAGGGAAGCAAGUUUAAGAGAUAUAGAUUUAAAAGAACCGAUUUAUAAACCAGAAACACGACGUGAGGUAAAGCUCCCAACUAAGUACGUAUAUUUGCCAAAGGCACUUCGAAAAACGCAAGCACAAGCAAAACCUCCAACACCAGUUUAUAAACCAGAAGUACGCAAACAGGAAGUUUUGCCUACUGCAUUCGUUUUCGGACCUGCUAUUACCAAAAAGGCUGAGACAAAGCCACAAACACCAGUGUAUCAACCAGAAGAACGCCAAGAGGAAAUUCUUCCGAAUGCAUUCAUGUUUGCUCCUAUUGUAAUUGCAAAAUCUCAAACUCAAGCAAAACCACAAACUCCGAUAUAUCAACCUGAGGAACGUCAGGAAACUGUUUUACCAUCAGCUUACGUCAUAGCACCAAUGGCGGUGCAAAAGAUCGAAACACCAACACCUGAAAAAUCAUCUAGUCCUGUAAUAGUAACACAAACUGUAGCUGCGGCAGCAGUCAGACGUGCUUCUCCAGUACACAAACCAAGUCCUGAUAGGAGGAUUUUUACCCCUAUAGGGUCUAGGUCGCCUUCUCCAGAUCUGCCACCAGUUGGUGCCGUCAUAACAGGAGGUAUAAUUGGAGCAGCUGUAGUCAGUAAUAAAUCUGUUAAAAAGGAACCAGAAGAAAUACCAAAACAGGCUACUCCAAAACCACCAUCCCCCGAGCGCCAACGAUCGCCCUCGAUUCAAAAUGUCGUGGUUGCAGCGGCAGUUGUAGCCACCAAGUCACCCAUUCCUGAGCUAAUAUCAAAACCAUCAACACCCCAACCACCUCCUGUGCAACCGGCAUCAGCACCUAAAGCAGUUGCGGUAGCUGCAUCAAAUACCGGUAGAAGCGCAGCAGCAAAAGUUGAAUCUCCUAAACCAGAAAGAGCACCAACACCAGCAGUAGAAGCAAGUGAUGCCCCAGUAGCUAAGGCGGGAGUGGUUGCUGCAGCAUCGGUUCCUGCUUUAUCGAAACCGGCACCGCAGCCUAAAACUCCGAAUGCACCAAAUAAUCAGUAUAUCGAGGAACCUUCCACCUGGUCUCCUGUUCCGAAUAGAAAGAGAGGUCUACCUCCAGAAAUUAUUGCGACAAUUGAGGCAUAUGACAGAGCGCAUGGCAAAACAUGAGGACAACAGACAAAUUAACAAAUCUUGUUAAGCUGUUUAAUUGACGACGACGCAUGUCAGAAAAAAACAUUUCUCCCCCCUCCAGAGAUUGUAAAUGAUAGCA